UUGAAGGAAAAUUGAAAUCGCAGUUUCGCAGUCUAUCGCAGUCCCGUACCCACUCUCAUAUCAGCCUUAAACGAAACGAAAAAACAGUAUGUACUGCUAAAAUUAAAAACCCAAAACAAAAAAGCAAAAAUUCAGAAGGGUCUUGGAAGCCAUGGCAGGCCCUCCUUUUCCUUGGCGUAAACUUGUAGUUCCCUCUCGUUUCCAUUUCAGUCGUCGCAUAUCUUCUUCUUCUUCUUCUUCUCCUGGUUUCGGAGCUUUUGAUUCCCCUCCUGUAGUUCAUUCUCGAAGAGUAGUUGUUACCGGUUUAGGCAUGGUGACUCCACUUGGCUGUGGAGUGGAGACUACGUGGAAGAGUCUAAUAGAGGGGGGAUGUGGGAUAAGAGCAAUAACACCUGAAGAUAUCAAGAUGAAUUCCUUUGACAGGGAGACCCAGUUGCAUACUUUUGAUCAGUUGACAUCGAAGGUUGCAGCAAUUGUACCUUGUGGAACUAAUCCGGGUGAAUUCAAUCAGGAUUUGUGGCUUAAUUCUAAGGAGCAUCGAUCAAUUGCAAGAUUUAUAGGCUAUGCACUGUGCGCUGCUGAUGAAGCUCUAAAAGAUGCAAAAUGGGUGCCCUCUGAGCAGGAACAGAAGGAAAGAACGGGAGUCUCCAUUGGUGGGGGAAUUGGAAGCAUCACUGACAUAUUGGAUGCAGCACAAAUGAUUUGUGAGAAGCGCCUUCGUCGGCUUAGUCCAUUUUUCAUCCCACGGAUAUUAAUUAACAUGGCAUCUGGUCAUGUGAGCAUGAAAUAUGGAUUUCAGGGACCAAACCAUGCUGCAGUGACAGCAUGUGCCACUGGGGCACAUUCGAUUGGCGAUGCUGCUAGGAUGAUUCAAUUUGGAGAUUCUGAUGUUAUGUUGGCUGGAGGCACAGAGUCUAGCAUUGAUGCUUUAUCAAUAGCGGGAUUUUGCAGGUCAAGGGCUUUGACAACCAAGUACAAUUCUGCUCCACAAGAAGCUUCAAGACCUUUUGAUUGUGGCCGAGAUGGGUUUGUGAUAGGAGAAGGCUCUGGAGUCUUGGUGUUGGAAGAACUUGAGCAUGCAAAAAAUAGAGGUGCAAAAAUCUAUGCAGAGAUUCGUGGCUAUGGGAUGUCAGGUGAUGCAUAUCAUAUUACUCAACCACAUACUGAUGGAAGAGGUGCUAUUUUGGCCAUGAAGCGUGCCUUAAGUCAGUCCGGCCUUCAUCCUAACCAGGUGGAUUAUGUAAAUGCCCAUGCUACUUCUACACUUUUGGGUGAUGCGAUAGAAGCCAAUGCUAUCAAAAAUGUAUUCUCAGAACAUGCAACAUCAGGUGCUUUGGCCCUAUCCUCCACGAAGGGUGCUAUAGGCCAUCUCCUUGGAGCAGCUGGAGCUGUUGAAGCAAUUUUUGCAGUUUUAGCCAUAGACCAUGGAGUUGCGCCAUUAACACUUAAUCUUACUAAACCUGAUAUCAUAUUUAAUGAUGCUUUCAUGCCUUUGACUGCUUCAAAGAAAAUGCCAAUCAGGGCAGUUUUGUCAAACUCAUUUGGCUUUGGAGGAACAAAUGCAUCACUGCUGUUCACUUCUGAACCAUAAACAAUAUCAGUUGGCUGCAUUUUUUUUCUCUGGACUUCUGAAGAUGCAAAUCUCAUUGGUCUCAACUCUCAAGUACAUCCAUGACUUUUCAAAGCCACGGCUUAUUGGAAAUGACCAUAGGGUCACGACAGAAUAGCCCCCCAAUCCCCCCUCUACCCUUUCCUCUCCUUGAUAUUGUUGUAGUACCUUUUAUAUUCUGUUUUAGAUAGGGUCACGAUUUUUGGAAUUUUGAAAUGUUGAUUAGUUGAGCUUGGUAGUAAGGACCAGGUAGGUUUGCAGAGAAAGUAUCAUAACCACGAGGUUUAUACAGAGAUAAGAAAUUGUUGUUCCCUCAUUAAUAUCCGGCAAUUUAAGAUUACCUACUUAAAAGAGAAAGGAGGGAUUUGAUAACAUUUAUAAAACAUGCUUUGUGUUGAGAAGUAGUGUCUUGGUGAUGUAAUCUUGACCAUUAUCAAUUACUCUUAUUUUGUAUACAUAUGCACAUGUACUUCUCACGGAAGAUACUAUUUUGUUUCAAUAUUUAUUUUAGGAAAAAGUUUUUGAA